GGUCUGCAUUCAUUGACUUCCUGACGGAUCACUGUAACUUUGUAGCUCGAGGAGCAACUUAAGGUCAUUUAUUAUCAUAAAUACUCACAUCAGAUGCACAUAUAUCCGUCAGCCUUAACCUAAUGACCCAGCAAGAGCAGGAUGAGUUCAGGGAAAGUUUGGCGGAAGCCCUGUCCUGGAUGCAGGCCGUCCAGGAGAAACUUAAACAAAAUGAUAACACCCAAGGACCCAGAUCAGCGCUGGAGGUCAGACUCCGAGAGACAGAGAAAAUUCAUAGCUCAGAGCCCGAAGGCCAUGUGAAGAUGGACAGGGUGUUGGUGGCUUCUGAAGCUCUGCUUCGAAAUGGAGAUGAAGAGAUGAAGAAUCAGACUCUUUCGAAACUCAAAGAUAUAAAAGCACUCUGGGAGGAGACGUUAACCUACAUCAUUCAUUGUCACAGUCGUAUCGAGUGGGUGUGGCUGCACUGGAGUGAAUACUUGAAGGCCCAUGAGGAGUUUGGGAUGUGGAUAGAGAAGAUGCACAGGGCUCUGGAGCCCCUGCUUGAGAUGCAGCUGGGUCUCAAAGAGAAGCUGUGGCAGGUGGAUCAUCUGCGGGUCCUUCACAGUGACAUUCAAUCCCAGGCUCAGUUUCUGAAGAGGCUCCUGGAUGAGGCUGCAGCCCUGUUCAACCGCACUGAAGAUCCUAGUGUAGAUGAGAAGGCUCAGCAGGGUCUUAAAGAUGCUUACAACCACAUUCAAGAACAAGCACAGGAAAGAUUAACAUUGGCACAAAAAAUAGCAGAGGAGCACCAGCAGUACCAAAGUUGCAUUGAUAAGUUUCAAAGCCGGCUGAUGUCUAAAACAGAAGAAGUCAGCCGUUUCAGCGACAUGGAGGAUACGACACAAAAUAGGCUGAAAGCCCUGCAGGAACUGGAUGCUAGUAUAGCCAAAGAAGAAUGCACUCUCCAGCACAUUGAAAAUUUGUCUGAAGCUGUGAAGGCCAACACGUCUCCAGCAGGUGCAGAGAAGAUCACAAAAGAGAUGGAGGAGUUGAGGCAGGCCUGGCAGAGGUUACGCCAAGUGCUGCUGGAGAUUCAAGAAGAGCUCCAGAGCUCACUGGACUCUGAAAGUGAGUAUUCAAACCGUUGUAAGGAGCUGUGGGUGGACCUGGAGCAGCUUCGUACCUUGGUCCAGAACCUCAGCAGUGAUCUGGAAAGCAGGGAUGGAGAGAGAACUAAGGAACACAUGGUAGCUCAAUGGAAGACGCACACGGGUGUGCGCAAUAAGCUCAUUGCAGAGGAGCCUAGGGUGGAACAGCUGAAAUCCCGGUUGAAAGAGCUAUUCCGAUUCCCACAAGAUUCCAAAAGCCUGUCUGAUGAGAUGCUAGCAGUGGUGAAAGAGUACCAGAGUGUGAAAGGCAGAUCUUUCAGGCUGUCCUCUGAGAGCGAGAUGGCUCUUCGGCAGAUACUGCAGGAUCCUCUGUAUGGCUUCAGCCAGUGGAGUCAGGUGGUUUCUCAGGUCCUGGAGGCCUCCGCUGAGUUGACAGAUUUCUCCCAAAUCGCUCUGCUCACGCAGCAUAUUGAGAAGUUACUUAAAAACAGUGUGCAGCUCCAGGAGCGCUUGAGUUUGCUCCAGGUGAAGAGUGAUCUGCUCAGCUCAGUUUUUGGCCAAGAAAAAGCUGAUGAUCUGUUGCAAGAGCUCAGAGGGGAUGUGAGGAAGAGAGAGUUACUCCACAGCAAUCUCCUAGAGUGCAAGAACCACCUGCAGGGUUUGAUAUCAAAGACAAAGGACUUUUCUGACGCCUAUGACUCCAUACACAAAAAACUGACCUCCAUAAAGGAGAGGUUCAUCAUGACGGAUGGACUUCAACCUGAUAUUCUUACCAAGAAGACCCAGGCCGACCAACUCAGGGUCAUUAGAAAGGACUUGGAAGAUUGUGAAGCCCAUAUCAUAGCUCUCGAGACACUGGUGUCAUCCAGCCCUGCAAACAGGACAAAGUUUGAGCGUCUGUAUGCGGACUGGAAAUUGCUUUAUAAGGCAGUUCGGAUGAAGGUGAAUGAAAGUGAGGAGAACAUUGCAGAACACGAGAGUUUCCAUGACAAUAUUCUGAAUAUGGAGAAGUGGUUAAUGAUCAUGAGACAGAAGCUAGAGUCGUUUCGCAGAUCAAAUGGGGAAUGGAGCAUCGAUAACCGCCAGCAUGAGGCUGAGAGAGCACUAGGAGAGUUUCCAGAGAAGGAGCUUCAACUUCAUCAGACAGAGGCUCAGGGUCAGACCGUGCUGGCCAGAACCUCUGAUGAAGGCAAAGUUCACAUCCAGCAAGACCUUAAACGCUUCAGAGAGACUUGGAUGUCCCUUCACACGCUUAGUCUCAAUCUUUACAGGCUUCUGAAUGGACAUGCUGCCACAGGCGACCAAGAUCCCCUAUUACAGAGAACCGAGUUCCUGGACAGAUGGGCAGAAGGGCAUCACCAGGGAAUGGAUUCAGACUUUGAAGUGGGACUUGCCAAAGGAGAUGAAGUAACAGGCCAGCAUCAGAGAUCCUGCCACGGGCCAGAAUCAACAGGUCACCUACAGCUGGAGAGAAACAUGGAAGCAAAACCAGAUCGAAGACCAGGAGGUUCAGAGGUCUGGAGAAGAGAGUGGAGUUACCAAGACCAGUCCAUGGAUGAUGAAGUGGAUGCAGUCAUAUCUGGAGGUGACCGUAAUGUGAACAGGAAGAGGAUUGGGAUGGACAAAGGUGACUUGCUCAGGAGCGGUGGUCAGACUGGGGAAUGGGUUGAACAACACAUACCUGGUUCUGGGAUCGAAGACCUUGAUAUAAAAGGUAGAUGCAGCUUUUUAAGUGGGACUGACUCUGAUGCACAGAAAAGGAUGCGGCAGUCACAGAUCCCCCAUGAUGACACUCAGAUGGGCUCUCAGGGGCCCCAACAUCUUGCUGAUAUGGAGGCCCAGAGGAGGGAGUUUGAAGCGUGGCUUCACAAGGAAAAUGACAAACUCACAGGAAUUCUGAACAACCAAAGAUCCUUGAGCGAUAAAGAACUGAGGAUAAGACAGAAUACACUCAAGGGUUUACAUGCCGGUGUAGCCUGGGGUCAGAGUCAGUUCCAGAAGUUGAUGGCCGGUCGGCAGAGUACGUCAGCGGAGGAGGACGUGGAACUAGAAGAGCUGCAUUACCGCUGGAUGUUAUACAAGUCCAAACUUAAAGAGGCUGGUGACCUCAGAGGUCUGCUGAAACACAAGGGUGUCAGUGGACAAGGACAGGAGCAUGUCCGAGCUGGAAAGGCGAACAGUGGUCUCGGCUUCCUGUACCGUGUAUGUCGCGUGGCUCUUCCUCUCCAGCUCCUGUUGUUGGCCAUGCUGCUGCUGGCCUUCCUGCUGCCCAUGAUGGACGAGGGCACCAGCUGUUCACUAUCCAACAACUUCGCCCGCUCCUUCAACAUCAUGCUCCGCUACGAUGGACCUCCGCCCACUUAAGCGCCAACAGCAGCUUUUUAAAAAAUACGGCAAUCUGCGCUUGUGUUUAUAUAACAAAUACUUAAAUUUUUUAUAAUUGUUCCGUUAAUGUUUGAAGUCAUUUUAUUCUUGGUUCUCAGCUGGUCUCGCUCCACCGUACACCCACCGGUGGACCCAGCAGAUCAGAAAGCGUGUGUGUGUGUGAGAGAGAGUGAAAGUGAGUGGGUGGAUGGAUGGCAUAGACACUCACAGCCUGCUCGACAUGAUUCAAGCUGUUCAUUUCUCUACAGGCGUUUGGAGAAGCCAGUGCAGCUUUUACAAAGAGCAAAACUCCCUUAAAGACAUCUACUCAGGAUCCAUCGCAAGUCCCUCAUAUUUUUAUGUUCGUUCUGUUGUUGCUAGUUACUAAAGUGAUAGUUCACCAAAAAGAGAUGUUCUGCCAUCAUUUACUCAACCUCAUGUUGUUCCAAACAUGUUUGAUUCACUUUCUUAUGUGUAACACAUUUUUUUGUUCAUACAAUGAAAGUCAAUGGGGUCCAGUGUU